AUGAGGGGAUUUAAUAGCUUUAAGCUCGACACAUCAUUGCCUUCCCUACAGGAAGAUGAUUUCUAUUUUUUAAAUAAGAAGCUUCCACCGUUUGGGGAAAAGGAAAGUGUGUCGUUGAAGAAGGCGGCCCUGAUAACUAACAUACUCAAGAGCCCAUUGAGAGAGUAUAUGGAAAGCUUCCUCGAUUAUUUCAUUAAUGAUUACGAUUCAAUACUGCAAUGCAUGAAUUAUCUGUCGAUAAAGCCGGCCAACGAUAAGUCGCUGUUAAAAUCGAACCCGAACGCAUCGAAGAAUACAUACACAUCACUCAAGUCAAUAAUAGAAGACUUCGAUGAUCAACUAUUUCAAGCCGAGAACAGAGAGAUCCCAUACAACGCCUCUCCAUACCAUUUGACAUCGCAAAACAAUCACCCCUCAGUAAAAAGGACCAUUGAAGACCUCGGUGUGUAUGAAUCGAUGAUAGGAACAUCGCAGCUGAACGACAUAACAAAGAUGAUAGAUGAUGAACUGCAGGGACAUUACUACAAAGUAAAUAACUAUCAAGGGUUCUAUUUGGAUGUGACGAAGGUAAUACUGAAUUCUCCAAAACUAGGAGCGCACCUUUUAGGAGCACCUCAGAUAAUACUGGCCAUAUUGGACUACAUCAUAAUUCCACACUUAUUCACGUCAAUAGAGUCGCUGGUUAAGAAGCAUAAUGAAAGUGAUGUGUAUAAGCUGAUGGAGUUGGGGAAACAAGUGCCGUCAGAUAUAGGAAGGACCACAGCAAAUGAUGUGUUGACGACCCUGAAGGAUUCCUAUACACAUAGAAGUAGCCACACAUAUGAGCAGAUUUACGGGGAGGAUUCGUCAAAUCGGUUCAUAUUUCACAUAUCAACAAGGCUUAAAAACAUACCUCCAACAUCGGAUGUAUUGAAGUACUCAGUUGAAGAUAUAUCAGACAACGAUGUAGGAAACAUAGUGGUGUUGACAGCAACAGUAGUAUUAGCAGGAGUACUGAGUAUAAUCGAGGAAGAAAGAGAGUACAUAUGUAAAAAUUGCCAAAACUCAUUUAUAUCGAAGUCGACUCCAGAGUCAUACCUAUACACAUCGCAAUUUAAGUGUCCAUGUUACAUAGAAGGAACGUUCCCAAAACUGAGGUGUGAUGGAACGGAUUUUAUAAAAGGACAAUACUACAGGAGAUCAGACUACCAGGAGAUAAGAUGCCAGACAAUAUUUAACACUGAUGCGAAUAUCAAUACGUUGUCAGUGAUACCAGUAGUCUUGAGGAGAGAGAUCGCAGGAACGUGCUUCCCAGGAGAUACAGUACACAUAUCAGCAUUUGUAAAGAGGAGAUGGUUUAGACUUAAAUAUGGAGAAAGGUGUGAAACUGAACUGUUCCUGGACUGUAUAAACAUAGAAAGAGUAAACUGGAAAAGCAUAAGUGGAAUUGAUAAUUAUUUGUACUUUCAAGCAACAUUGUAUGACAACUACUGGAGGUUUAACAGAAUCAAUGAAGUGCUGUCAAGAAGUACAAUAAUUAAAUCGAUGUGCCCAGAACUGAUAAAUCUGGACAAUGCUAAAUUGGCACUCCUAUUAACACUGAUAGGUGGAUUUAAUGAAGACUCGGAUUCGGAUCAUAAGGAGAAUAGAUGGUCUAAAUACAGUCUAGAUAAGAAGAACAAAAUAAAAAAUUACGAUUCGUUUAAAGAAAUGAAGAAAAAAGGUAACAAUAACAUUUUUGCUUCAAAAAAUAAAUAUUUAGGAUCGAGAACUCAGUGCCAUAUUUUAUUUGUUGGAGAUCCAGGAACAGGGAAGUCGCACCUGUUGAAAUAUGCAACGAAAAUAUCGUACAGACAUGUGUCAGUGAUAGGUAAGCGGAUUCUUUAUAUAAAUAAUAAACGUGCAGGGACGAAUUGCACAUCAGUGGGACUGACGUGUACAGUAGUGAAGGAUGGCCCAGAAACAAUGUUAGCAGCCGGAGCACUAGUACUAGCAUCAGGAGGAAUAUGUUGCAUAGAUGAGUUCUCAACAAUAAAGAACGAUGAUAAAUCAUGCCUGCACGAGGCAAUGGAACAGCAAGUAAUAUCAGUGGCAAAGGCUGGACUUAAGUGUACGUUAAACUGCGAAUGCACAAUAGUAGCAGCCACCAACUGUAAAAUGGAUAAGAAUAAACGAGGAAGUAAAGCGGAAUUUGAGUUGUGUGAACAUGAGCAAAUAAUGAACGUGGAUACUCCACUGCCGCUAUUGACAAGAUUUGACCUUAUAAUAGUAUUCAGAGAUAAUUCCACAGAGGAUCUUAGCAUGGGAGACUACCUCUUGAACGAUAUGCAUAAUGCAAGCAAUAAGAGCAUAUGUGAUAUUACGUCGCUGGACUGGUCCUCAGACAACACAAUCAAAAACUAUAUCCAGUUUGUGCGAGAAAACAUAUUCCCGUCGAUGCCAAACUCGUGCAGACUCAUCAUAGAUCGGUAUUACUACAUGCUAAGGCAAAAGUGCUACGACAACUCGUACUCAGGAGGACCCACAGUGAGGACAGUAGAGAGCAUAGUAAGACUGUCCCAGGCACACGCGAGGCUGAUGUUCAGAAACACAGUUAAAGUAUUUGACGUUGUCUCAGUGAUUUUGAUGAUGGAGUUCGGUCUCCAGGGCAUGAGCAUAGGUUGUAAAACCUCAAGCGACCAAACAAUAGAUAGAACAGGACUCUUUCAGGACAUGAGAACAAUGUAUUACCAAUAUGUGAAGGGUAGAGGGGAUGAACUCUAUACAGAUUGUGUGAAAGAAUACAAGAUUCCAAACGGAAUAGUGGAUCAGGAUAUGUACGACCAUUUCGAAACACUGUUGCUAGAUAGACUAAAACUGAGAAGGUCAGAUGACGACAGUGAAGAAAUAGUAAAUUCCGACUAUUGA